CGGAGGGGGCGUGUUGGGAAGGCGCCGUUCUGCAUGUAGCCCCGCCAUCGGCUCCCCACCUGCGAGGAUCCUGGUGCAGCAGAGGAGCAACUGCAAAUUGCAACUGCCUUGGGCGUGCCCCCUUGGCCAUGGGGCUGAAGGGUGCUCAGAAGGCUCUCUUCCCCCUGCGCUCUGUCUCGGAUGUGGUCCGCCUCUUUGAGCUGGAGCUUCGCCGGGAGCAGCCCGACCUGGUGCUGCUUUCGCUCGUCUUGGGCUUCGUGGAGCAUUUCCUGGCCGUCAACCGCGUCUUGCCCACCAACGUGCCGGGCAUCAGUUUCGAGCCUGCCCAAGGUCCCGACAGCCUGACCUACUUCCCGGUGGCUGACCUGAGCAUCAUCGGGGCCCUGCACGCCCGUUUCACUGCCCAAAUCCGCGGAGCCGUGGAUCUCUCGCUCUACCCACGGCCAGAGGGCUACUCUUCCCGGGAGCUUGUCAAGAAAGUUUCCGAUGUCAUCUGGAACAGCUUGAGCCGCUCCUACUUCAAGGAUCGGGCCCACAUCCAGUCACUGUUCAGCUUCAUCACAGGCACCAAACUAGACAGCUCUGGGGUGGCUUUUGCAGUUGUGGGGGCCUGCCAGGUCCUAGGACUUCUGGACGUUCAUCUGGCGCUCUCUGAGGACCACGCCUGGGUGGUGUUCGGCAAGGAUGGGGAGCAGACCGCGGAGGUGACAUGGCACGGCAAAGGAAAUGAGGACCGGCGUGGGCAAACAGUCAACUCUGGGGUGGCAGAACGGAGCUGGCUGUACCUGAAGGGCUCCUACCUGUGCUGCACCCGCCAGAUGGAGGUGGCCUUCAUGGUGUGUGCCAUCAACCCUUCCAUCGACUUGCACUCGGAUAGCCUGGAGUUGCUGCAGUUGCAACAGAAGCUGCUGUGGGUUCUCUAUGACUUGGGCCACCUGGAGAAGUACCCAAUGGCCCUGGGGAAUUUGGCAGAUCUUGAGGAGCUGGAGCCCACCCCUGGCCGCCCAGACCCCCUCUUCAUUUACCAUCAGGGAAUCAACUCAGCCAAGCAGUACUACCACAACGAGCACAUCUAUCCCUACAUGUACCUGGCAGGCUAUCACUGCCGCAACAAAAACGUCAAGGAAGCACUGGAAGCCUGGGCUGAUUCAGCCACCGUGAUCCAAGAUUAUAACUACUGUCGAGAAGAUGAAGAGAUCUACAAGGAAUUUUUUGAUGUGGCCAACGACGUGAUUCCCAACUUGCUAAAAGAGGUGGCCAGCCUUGCUGACUCAGCUGAGGAGAAGGGGGCCGGCGAGAGGGGAGAGGCUUCGCCAUCGCAAGGAGGCGGCGGCUCGGCCCUGCAGGACCCGGAGUGCUUUGCCCACCUCCUUCGUUUCUACGACGGCAUCUGCAAGUGGGAAGAGGGGAGUCCCACGCCCGUCCUCCACGUGGGAUGGGCCACAUUCCUGGUCCAGUCCCUCAGCCGUUUUGAUGGGAUGGUGCGGCAGAAGGUGACCCUGGCGAGUCGGGAGGUAGAAGCCAACGAGGACGAUGACCAAGGCAGCGAAGACCCCCGGGAGGGGCGCCGCAGGGGUCCGCGCCGGGAGUCCAAGCCCGAGGAGCCCCCCUUGCCCAAGAAAGUGACCGAGCGCCGGCGCCCCAGUUCCAGCCAGCGAGUGGACAGGCCUCCCCUGGAAAAGGAGGAGAGGCCCAGCAGCGGCCCCAGCCCACCUCCCGAAGGACCCGUCCUCACCUUCCAGAGCGAGAAGAUGAAGGGCAUGAAGGAGCUGCUGGUGGCAGCCAAGAUCAACUCGAGCGCCAUCAAGCUGCAGCUGACAGCUCAGUCCCAGGUGCAGCUGAAGAAGCAGAAAGCCUCGGCCCCCCGGGACUACACGCUCUCCUUCCUCAAGCGGCCUCGCAAGUCCCUCUGAGCCUGCUGGGGGCAGCAGAGCUCUGCCCUUUCCUUGAGCAGUAUCUUGGACCUGUCUAGAGUCUACCCAGGGUUACGGCUC